GCAGGAGGUGAAGAGAGUUGAAUGAUUGAACUUUUUCUGGCGGAGUUUGUGCCGUGCGGUCAGGCUUCGUCGACGACUCCCUCCUCGCAGCGCGUCGAGGUGAAGCAGCGCGUCCCGAGGGCGGCUCGGGUGGGUUUCCUUUCUCGCGCGCGCACACAAAGCCAUGGGGUUUCAGGAGCCCGGCGCGCCUGUGACCCUGCUCCUCUGGAUUACGGCUGCCUGGGGCUGCCUGCUGGGCGCUGCUGCCGGCGCUGGAGAGGCGGCUACUGGCGCUGCUCGCAGGCAGGAGGAGUCCUUCUCGGCGGCCAGCGUCUACGGAGCCAGAUGCGCGUCCAGGUGCCUCAGCUUGCAGAUCACGCGCAUCUCCGCCUUUUUCAAGCAUUUCCAGAAUAAUGGAUCUUUGGUCUGGUGUCAGAAUCACAAACAAUGUUCUAAGUGUCUGGAGCCUUGCAAAGAGUCCUGGGACUUGAAGAAAAAUCAUUGCCAAAGUUUCUGUGAGCCUCUUUUCCCCAAGAAGAACUAUGAAUGCCUAACUAGUUGUGAAUUUCUGAAAUACAUCCUGUCGGUGAAGCAAGGAGAUUGCCCUGCUCCUGAGAAGGCCAGUGGCUUUGCGGCUGCCUGUGUUGAAAGCUGUGAGGCUGACAGUGAAUGCUCUGGCGUGAAAAAAUGCUGCUCCAAUGGAUGUGGACAUACGUGCCAAGUACCAAAAAAUCUGUACAAAGGUGUCCCUUUGAAACCCAGAAAGGAAUUAAAGUUUACUGAACUUCAGACAGGACAGUUGGAAGUUAAAUGGUCUUCAAAAUUCAAUAUUUCAAUUGAGCCUGUUCUCUAUGUGGUACAAAGGAGAUGGAACUAUGGGAUUCAUCCCAGUGAGGAUGAUGCUACCAGUUGGCAAACUGUGGCACAGAUCACAGAUGAGAGGGUACAAUUGUCUGACAUUAGGCCCAGCAGGUGGUACCAGUUUCGAGUGGCGGCCAUUAAUGUGCAUGGAACAAGAGGCUUCACAGCUCCCAGCAAGCACUUCCGCUCUUCAAAAGACCCAUCAGCUCCACCUGCCCCGUCUAAUCUCCGGAUUGCCAACUCAACUGCAAACAGUGAUGGAAGUGUUAGUGCAAGGAUUGUUUGGGAUCUCCCUGAAGAACCUGAUAUCCCAGUCCAUCACUACAAAGUGUUCUGGAGCUGGACAGUUAACAGCAAGUCACUUGUUCCAGCUAAAAAGAAGAGAAGGAAGACAACAGAUGGGUCCCAGAAUUAUGUAGUCUUGGAAGGACUUCAACCUAACAGUAACUACAUGGUUGAACUUCAAGCCGUUACAUAUUGGGGUCAAGUUCGCAUGAAAAGUCCCAAGGUCUCUCUCUACUUCAGUUCUACCCAGACAGCCAUUAACAGCAGAAGAAGACCCACUCGUCUUCUUGAAGUUGGAGUACCUUUCUAUCAAGAUGAGCAGCUUCAGGUGAAAGUUUAUUGGAAGAAGACAGAAGAUGCUGCUGGUAGGAGUAGAUACCAUGUUCAGUGGUUCACAGAAUCUUGUACACGCAAUGAGACAAAAGGAUCUGAAAAAUCCAGUGGUGUCACAUAUGAAAAUUAUAUAAUUCUGCAGAAUCUGUCAUUUUCAUGCAAAUACAAAGUUACAGUCCAACCAACAAGAUCCAAAGGCCGGUUGAAGGCUGAGAGUAUUUUCUUUGCUACGCCAUCUUGUUCUGAUCUUAAAGGAAAAAAACACAAGCAUAUAAGCUGUCCUACUGAAGGAGCUUCAAUUGUCUCCAAAGUGUUGGCAAAACCUGAGAAUCUCUCUGCCUCUUUCAUUGUUCAGGCUGUAAAUAUUACUGGCCACUUUUCCUGGAAAAUAUCAAAAGAGAAUCUUCACCAACCCAUGACAGGUUUCCAGGUCACUUGGGCAGAGGUCACAACAGAAAGCAGGCAAAACAGUUUGCCCAACAGUAUUAUUUCCCAGUCACAAAUAUUGCCAGUAGAUCACUAUGUUCUGACUGUGCCCAAUCUGAGACCAUCAACUCUUUACCGAUUAGAAGUCCAAGUGCUGACAACAAAUGGAGAAGGACCAGCCAUAAUAAAAUCAUUCCGAACACCUGAUUUGCUGACAUCUCCACACAGGCCGCAUCUGAAACAGCACCAUUCACAUCACUACAAGCCACCACCUGAAAAAUAUUAGAAUUCAUUGGAUCUGUUAGCUGGAAAAAUUAUAAACUGAGCUCUUGCAAGAAGAUCAGAACAAUGCACACAUAUUGAAUUACAGAAUGACAUACGCUUCUGGUGGAUGAAUUGUUUAGAUACAUCUGCAUCAUAUGGACUAAAAGAAGCAUAUUUGUACUAAUGCCAGACUGAAGUGUCAUGUAAGGAUCAACUAUAUUCAUGUAAAAAAAUAUUUGUCGUAUGUGAAAAUUAAAAGUAUAGUGAUUUAUUAUCAUCAUUGACUACAAUGUGUGACACUGAUUCUUUUCAAAUAAUUUUGUCCCCAUCCCAAUUAUUCAAAACUUGAUGUUAUUCAAGAUUUAAAAGUUAAAUCAUUAGUUGAAAAAAUCAAAUUUGCAUAAAUGGCAGUAAUAAACAAACCUUGUGACUAAUUAUGCAAAUUCCUUAUGUUCAUAUAUUGGUUUUAUAAAAUCUAAAUCUGACAGCAGAGUAAAAGAAAUAUCAGAUUUUUUUUCCAUAUAGGAGAAUGGCCAAAAUUUGGUAACUAUCACCUUUUACAUGUGACAUUCAUAUGUGAAUCUUGACAUUUCCAGAUAACAUUUGCAGAAAGUCAGUGCAUAAAAACAAAUGUGGUAUGUAAAUAUAAUAAACAAUAAUAGUAGUUUGGUUUAAGUGGGUUGUGGAUCAUGAUCUUUAAAUGUCACCUAGACAGAUCUGUGAAAAAGACUAUGAUGAUACUGAGUUCAAAGAUGCUGUUGAGUCCAGAUGUUUCCUCUCCAUUGCUUAAUCAGACAGUUAACCAAACAGUAGAGCAAUUCAUACGUGUCCAUAAAAUAUGUGCUGUGCUCGCCAGUUGGUAAUAGCUUGCCCAUUUAUUUGUGUUGUGGUAGGAGCUUUGCUCAUGCAAAAACAUACACAGGUAUUUUCCUUCAGUGGAAGCCCCCACAUAGGGAAGAGUUCCAUGUUGAAUGGAAACUUUUUGCAUAUAACAUUCAUAUCAGGAUAACAGAAUUUGGAAUGUUCUUAAAUUAUCAGAGAUCAGUGCCAUGAUUUAUGUGAGCAUCUUCUCUGAGACAAACUAUUACACAUAGCCCAAGCAAUUACACAUAUUUUCAGUAAUGCAGUGCAUAGGUUAGAUCCAACCAGCUUUUUCAGUCAUUUCUUAACUAUGCCCCUGCUGGUUAUAAUGAUUAUUCUUCGUGCAAGUCUACAUCAUUCUCAGCAUAGCUUAUUUUGGUGGCCAAAGGCAAUCUCUCUUUUUUAACCAGUAGAAAAGGUGGUUGGAUCCAACCCAUGGUUACACAUUUUCUCCCCAUUAUUUUGUAAAAAUCAUUUAACAUUGGCAAUAGAAAGUUUCUUAUCUAUCCAGCAUAUUUGUAUCCUAUAUAGUGUAUGCUAAUGAAAGACUUAGCUGUUCGAUUCUAAAAGAAACAGUGGUCCUUCCCCAUCACUAAUUGGUGAAUAACAGGGUUGUACCACAUUUCCAUGUUCAUGUAUUUCUCCACAGCUUGAAAAAGAGGUUUAUUUUAGUAAUUUUUAAGAUUUUUAGAAAGAUGAGAGGUAAUUUCUUUCAAAAGGGAAAGAAAAGCCAUACUACUAUUUACAGGCUUUGUUAUGAAAACAGGAAAGCAAGGACAGAGUUAUUCCCUAAGUAUUUAUGAAGUUUGAGAACAACUAUCCAACAGUUACUGUAUGGAAACACUUAUUGUUAAGACUCAAAUAUAUGAAAUACUAUCUGGAUUUGACCAUCACAGAAAAAAAAAUCAUUUCACCUAGUAUCACUUGACAUGUCAAACUCUGGAGACAGAACAUUUGUUAAGUUGCACAUAUAGAGUAGCUGAAAGAGAUACUACGGGACAUAUGCAUUUACAUCUCAGCAAAUGUAUUUUUUUCAUUUGUUACUGAUGGAACUAAAUAGAGAAGACUUAGACAUCCACAUAGAACAUCUCACUCUGUGUAUCAUUCAGGUGGUUUAACUUGCAUCUUUACAGUUUGAUAAUGCACACUGCUGAUAAAAUGCCUACGUCUCCAGCACAAUGACAAGCAAUCAUGUUUUGAGUAAUCAGUGUAUGAAUCAGCUCAUACAAAACCAGCUUAUAAACCCAAAGAGGCAACCUUCCAUAUAAUUUCUUUGUUACUUUCCCCACUUUUUAAUAGUUAAAUAGAUGCUAAAAUUGUAUUGGAGUCACUGAAAUGUAUGCAUGUGAUUGUUUUGUACAGAAACAUGGUUUAAGGAGUUGAUAUGUCUUCAGUCAAAGCUCAAAAAACAUAGGACAGAGCUCAAAAACAUAUGGACCAAGUGGUUUUAUUCCAGUGUGUAAUUCCUCUUUUUAAAAAGGUGCUUCCCUCAUUUAUCUUUAAAACUGUUGAGAUACUAACUUAUUUAUUUUUUAAGUAUCCUUUUUUGCAAAGUGUUCUUAAAUCUUUUCAUCAGGACCUGUGGAUGCACAAAAUAUAAAUGUCAUACACAUUUGUGUAUUAUAAUGCAGGAAUAUGAAGCUUAUAAAUUGUUGCAUGUUUUAUUUUUAAUUUCAAAACUAUAUUUAAAAAAUAAAUUAAUACCUACAGAUGUUGAUGGAUCUAUAUGGUUUUGCAUGCCAGAACUCAUAACUCAGUUAUAGGCAUGAAGUGUAUGACUGUAUCAUCUCUAUUGAAUAUAUUAGUAAAGUACAAUUUACAAAGUAAUUAACAGAGGUUCUAUAUGUAAAAAUAUUUUUCCUUUCUAUGUAAUUAUAUUGUAGUGUGGGUAUAACAGAACUACUUAUCUGUUAACUAAAUUGGCUGUAGAAAUCAUGUUCUUAUAAUGGUUCCUUAAAAAUUAAAAGUCCAUAUUUAUUUAUAUACGUUAUAAAGAAGAAAGUUGAUUUUUGUGUGUGUCAUAUUACUUAGAGAAUAAUGAUUCUUGUAAAAAUAUUUUGUAAAAAAAUAUAUUGUACAUAAUAUGCUGUAUGGUUUCUCCUUAUUUUCCUGUUUAGAUUUUGUACAUAUGUUUAACUAAUAAAUUACCCUUCUAUAUAGAAA